UUGCGCAUAAAGUGUGCGCGGGCGAUUCCUCGUGCACCGGCCAUAUUGCGUUGAAUGAGUGCGUGAAUAAGAGAAGGCUGAGUUAGCCAUAAACAAAUCUUCCAACAUCUUAAAGUUGCGAAGACUUUUACCGUAGUAAACCAUCAUGGAAAAUUCCUACGGAAUUGGCGUUGCCAAUAGGUACGCUCUUUUUUUGGACGAUGAGUCGGAUCCUCUCGAAACUCUUUCGUUAAAAGAGCAAGAAAAAGACCUUAAGAAGAAGACCAAAGGGGCCGAAAAGGAAAACAAGGAAAAAGUUGUACCACCCGUAAAGCCGAAGACGACCAUUGCUCAGAAAAAACCCAUUAAGGAGACAAGUCAUAAGGUUCAAGAAAAUAAAGAUUCGAAAACUGCCCAUCCUAGAUCUAACGCUGACGGAAAACCUGAACGUACUUUUAACAAGUUUAACAAUAAUAAUGAAAACCGCGAGGAUAGAAAUAACCGAAGAAAUCGUGAAGACAGACCUUACAACGGACCAUCUGAAAACCGGGAUCGCGAAGAUAGGCCGCCCAGGCGCGAAUUUUCCGACAACUUGGAAAAAGGCAACCGCGGCGAGCAGAGAGGCGACAGGAGGGACGGACGCGCGUUAGGAAACAAACCUGGCGGCCCCAGAGGCCCGAGGCGUACUUUCGAUGACAAGCGAGGCAAAAGGGAGUUUGACAGGCAAAGCGGAUCUGAUAAAACCCAUGGUUACAGAGGAGUUAAACCGGUCGACAAGCGGGAAGGAGGCGGUUCGCAUAACUGGGGAUCUCACAAGGACGUUAUCGAGGAAGCUGACAGGCCUAACAACAACGAGAACGAUCAAAGCUGGGGCGAAGUCGAGAAGGUGGAGCCGAAGGAGACCGACAAGGAGGUGAAAGCCGGCGAGGAGACAAGCGGCGAUGUGGAGAGCGCCCCUCCGAUGGAGGAGGAGCCCAAGGAACUGACCCUGGACGAAUGGAAGGCCCAGCGCGCUGGCCGUUCAAAGCCGACCUACAACAUUCGCAAAGCCGGAGAAGGCGAGGACCCGUCUCAAUGGAAGAAAAUGUACGAGCUAAGGAAAAAGGAGAACGAACAGGACGAUUCCGAGGACGAGGAGUACGACGCGACCGCCGAGUACCCGCAACGCGUCGGCCGGCAGAAGCACGUGCUGGACAUUGACAUUCAAUUCAACGACAACAGGCGUCCCGGCGGACCGGGCGGUCGCGGCAGAGGCGGCAACCGCGGGGCCAGAGGCGCCAACCGCGGCGGCGGCGGCGCCCAGAGGGCCGGCGGCGAACGCGCCGAGCGCCCAGAACGCGCCGAGCGCCCGGAACGCGGCGGCAGACCGGACGCCGCCCCGGAACCCAGGCCAGAGAGACGUUAUCACGAACAAGCGGACAAUGAUAAAAGUGAUCGCAAAGCCCCCAAGGUCGACGACGAACGUGAUUUUCCGUCGCUUGGUUAACCAGUGAGGAAUAUUGGAGGGGGGGUCAGCCGUAGGUUUGUUUGGGACAAUAUGUUCGGCAGAAACAGUGACAUCGUUGGAACUUUUUUACCGAUGCGACGAAAGUUCGUCUUAGUUUUCACAUUUUGUCGCAUUGGUAUGAAAUUUUUUUUUGUUUAGCCAAGCCGAGAACGAUUUUUUUCUAGAAAUCCCUCUAGCUGGUUUUUUAACAUCUAUGUAUUUCCAUGUAGACUGUGAACCCAAACAUUUUUGGGGAUAUGGUUUUACUAGUCAGUGCUAAGCUGCAUUGUUAAAGGUUUUUAAAUGGCUGCUCAUAUGUGUCAUCCAAUAAAUUUAAUUAUUAAUAAAAUUACUAAAAUUAUGUUUAUUUUAAUAAUUUCCACCAUUUAUUAAUUUUUUCUUACUGUGUAUGCAUUUUAACAAGUUUGACUACAUACUAUUAUGUAGUACUAUAUUUACCAAAUUUUUUCUGUAGAAUUAUUGACUGUACUUUAUUUUGACUGACUGUACAUUUUAUAUAGCAUCAGAUGUUAAAAAUUAAAUAAAUUAAUAAUACUUUAUAAUCUGUCCGUGCAUUACUUAGCCACUUUUUUUUUAAUUUCAUCAGGUUUAAUAAAAAAUCAUUUACUUAAGUGGCUCGUGCCAACAUAUUGAGUUUUACUCAUCUCCAGACUAAUUGGACGCAUUCGCAGUUUGUACUCGCUGGAAAUGACAUUUAUAUGUGUCUCACUUUUUUAAAGUCCACAUUCAUUCGUCGAAUGUGGACCUUAAAAUAGAUUCACCUAUGAAAUAUUUUUCAAUUUUGUCCUUGCUAAAUACCUACCGAUAAAUUCAUAUUUUUUGGUAAAUCUUUCGAGAUAUUUUCGGCUUAUAUUCAUGCAUUCAUUUGCAUUUUUACAAUCCCAAAUUGACAGAUCGAUUCAAGAAAAAUAUGUUAUCCCUUGGUGCUAAAGCUUUCUACAUUUAAUGACAAAAUAUUUUCGUAGAAUUUAAGUCUGCUUUUAUUUUUUUCAUGAAAUUUAAAAUUCAAAAAUACCUCAAUAGAUUUCCCGCUAUUUUUCACAGAUAUCCUUAAUAAUAAUUUAGCAUAAGGCUAUAAUUUUAUCACAUUAUUUUAAUCAUCACUGGUUUAACUAAAUUAAAAAAGGUGUGAAAAGUUGGGGGAAUAAAAUAAUGUUAAAAAAUAAAAAACGGAUUGUAUGUUUUGAUCUGUAUUUUUUUUUGUUUUGGUUUGCAUGCAAGUUAUAAUUUUUGUUGUUAAGUUUUAUUAAUUAAUAUAAGAUUAUUAAUAUUUGGGUCUUAAUUAAUUUUUCAAAACAUAUCAAGAUAUAUGUUUUCUUAGGUUUUUUAUUUUCAUUACACACACAUUGUUUACAAAAAAUAAAUUUUGAUCUGUAAUGUGUCUGUUUUAAUCCAUAUUUUUGUAAAUAAAUAUUAAUACAAACCUUAAUUCAUGUGAUUUUUAUAUAAAAACAAAUAAACAAUAACAGACACAUGUACUGAAUACACCAACUUGCACUAUAGUAACUGUAUUAUACCUAUACAAAUAAAUACAAUCAAUGGAUUUAUAUAUAGAACCGCUAAAUAAAACCGUGUUUUAUUGAA